AUCUGAUUGUUCUUUCUUUCCGCAUAACGUUAUGCACAACAAUACAAUUGACAAUAUGAGUCAGGAAUAAAACACCAGCUCUUAUUUUUCGCACCACCAAUCGACUCGCGCGCUACAAAACAAACCAUAAUAUUAUACCAUAAAAUAAUCAAAUCCAAACAACACAAUUAAGCGACUCUGUGAUAUCUUCACAAAACAUUCGAUAUUAUUUUUAAUGCUUUCAGCAUUCAGCGCACAGCAAAGUCAAUAAGAGUGAAUAGUCUCAUUCAUAGUUGAUUUGACCGUUGAGCUUAUAACAUAUAACACUCAAUUUACCGCCGUUGUUGUUUGUUGUCUUUCGACUGCGUUUUUCAUUCAAAAUCCCUUGUAAAAAUUGGUUCGGUUAAAAUGUGUUUUUGAUUUUUUUUUCGAAAUUUUUUGAACGUCGAAUGUUUUUACAACAUUCUGGACAAAUUUGUGUGUUAGUGUGUGUGAUUUUGUUUUGAAUUUGGAAAACCAAAAAUUUUUUUUCCUGUUAUAUCUCUUCUCUCCAUCAAAUGUAAAUUCAUUGGCUUAGAUUUAAUUUCAAUUAACAAUGAAAUCGAAAGUAUUGGAACAGAAACAGACCGUUUAUAUUCAUAAUAAGAAAAUUGUGCAACUGAAUUAUUGUUGAACUGAUCGGUGUGUGCUAUUGGGUUGUUUGUUCGUGUAUGCUUUAAAAUUUUUAUUAAAGAAAUAAAAAAAAAAAUUAUGUUGUGAAAAGAACAAUAAUGUAAGCCGACUCAACCUUUCGAAUUAAAACAGAAAAAAAUAAUAAUUGUGAAAUCUUCAAGGUGCACCUGACUUUGGCGGUUCUAGUGAAUAUAAUCAAAUAAUAAAAUAGUUCUGUAACAAGUUUGAACUGAAACAUAAAAUAAAAACAUUUAAUUAUGACGACGAUUAAUGAGACAAUGUAAAGAAAACCAAUAUUUUUGUGUGUUGCAUUUGAUAUCAAUUUUGUCUCUUCGUUCGGAAUUUCCUAUCAGUUGGUCGUAUACUCUUCACAGCGGAUACAUCGAAAUUGUUUUUAAAAUAAAAACGAAGAGAGACGACAUUAUAAUAAUAUAAUCAAAAUCAGUUGACAAUCCGAAUAACACAACAAUCAAAUUCAAUUUAUCACACUUAUUAUUAUGUUACAACUGGAGUUGCUCUCCGAAAUCUUUAUCAUUCAAACAAGUAGAGGAUACGUAACGACAACGUCAACUUCACAAUUUUACAACAUAUUUGAUUUGUCGUGAUGUGAAUAUAAGAAUCACUCUUCUUACACGUUCUAAUUACAGGUCACCGCGUAAUGUGCUUAGUAACAAAUGAACGAUGAAUCAACUUUUAAAAACCAUUGGCAUCGCAGGCGUCUUAUUCCUAUUUGUUAGUGACCUAUGUUUUGGAAAAACCGAAUCCAAACUUCGUGUUGGCAAAGCAAUCAACGUGUUCGUUCGUUAUGGAUAUUUGAGCAUAUCGAUGAAAGUGAUAUCGUACAACGAUACCGAAAAGUGGCUUUUCAAGGAGCCAACAAAUAAUGUGUUUCGGGGUAUCGACGCAUUAGCCGUAACUACCGAAGAAAAUGAGCCGGGUCAAUUCCACGGUGAUUUUCAUAUGGAAUUUUGUGACAAUCGAAAGCAGCUAUUCCAAGCAUAUUUUCGUGAUUUCACAAUAGAAAGACUGGAUAAUCCUUGGCAAGCAUUUACAGGAGGUUGGCAUUUAGAAGUGGCUGCUCGUAAAUUAGGAAUUAAUUCAUCAUUUAUCAAAGGAGACUUUUGUUACGUUCUAGUCAGAGUAUCUCGUUUCCGUGAAACGGGUCGAUUAUCGCGACCAAUUCCACCAAAUCAAAUACUGUACGAAGAUGUAUCCGCUCGCAUACGUAAUAUGUCAAUUGGUGAUACAACAUCAACGGUACAAUUUAUGAAUAGCUUUGGAACGCAUUACAUCGAUUCAUAUGUAACUGGAAAUUCACUGUACCAGGUGUUUGUUUACAGCAAACAGAAUUAUAAGCACAUUAAAGAACGGCUAAAAGCACGCGGUGUAGCUGCUUUGUCACGGUUAGAUCUUUACAAUUAUUUCGCCCCAUGGUAUGCUGAACAUCUAGGCCAAAUACGAAGCGCUAGCGGUAACACAACCAUCGAAACAUGGGCUCACAAAAAACUUCGACUUUCGUACUACUUAUUUACGUAUGUCAGUUUACUGAAGUUACACGGCAAUGGUGGACUGUUGCGUUCGCUGGACGGUCUUCUAGGCAAUGAAGCCAUCUUAGCAUUAGAUUUAAAAGCAUUGACAGUUAUGUUCAAGGAGCCGGAUAAACGUGAAUGGUUCCAAGAGAUUAUCGACAAUUAUCUGAAACUGUGGGAAGUCAAUAUGUGGUAAGGGGGACAA